AUGAUAGUUUCGCGUUGGGUGCCGCACAACCUCAUCGAAGCUCAGAAGCUGGCCGGGGUGGAAUGCUGCCGUGACAGGAUCAAUAAAUUUGAAGUAGGCUCGUCUCGGCGCGUUUACGAUAUUAUGACAGGUGACGACCGCUACCAAAGUGCAGUGGUUGAGAAGCACAGGUCCAGUCCUAUCACGGAAUGUCCUGGAAGGUAUGAAGGAAUACAUGAUUUUUGGCCGGACGAUGUAUUUGAACUAUUCCCGGCGUCCAAGACACAAUAA